AUGCCCAUCCCAGUGCCCUGGCCCAGUUCUCUAAUGGAGAAAAUUGCCCCCUCGACCGCCAUCUGGACUAGCUUUCCACAGAACACUGCUGUGACCACUGCGGCCCCAACCAACGGGACUCACGGCGACGCGGUGCUCUCCGCCACAGCAUCAGGCUCCACGUCUCCACUGCCCAAGAAUGUUUCCGCAGAGCCCAGAGAAGAGGAGCCCAGCAGCCCAGCUCCCAGCUGGAAGGGCCCCCACACAGACCCCACUCCUCCCGGGCUCCAGGCAACAAGCAGCGGGAGUGAGUUAACAGCCACCCCCGAGGAGCGCAGCUCAGGCACCCCUGAAGCCAGCGUGCCGGCGACAGCGCCUCGGGUCCCGGCUGAGCCGCCCACACUGACCUCCUCCCAAGCUCCGACCUCAUCACCGCCUUCAUCCCCGUCAGACUCCCCACUGGCCAUCUCGUCUCCCUCCGUCACCACCAGUCACAGCCCCACUGAGACCAGUGCCCAGCCCACCAGAGCGCCCACUGCUCCGGAGUCCCCCACCGAGGAGCCCACCUCUGGCCACACACCCACUUCUCAUGCCUCAGUGGGGCCAGUGCCCGAGGAGAGGACGUCCCCGACUCCUGCGUCCAGCAAAGCGAUGUGCGAGCUGAUGGACGUGGAGACCACCACCACCUUCCCCAGGCUGAUCAUGCGGGAAGUGGAGCACGCGUUAAGUUCAGGCAGCAUCGCCGCCAUCACCGUGACGGUCAUCGCAGUGGUGUUGCUGGUGUUUGGUGUCGCAGCCUACCUGAAGAUCAGGCAUUCCUCCUAUGGAAGACUCCUGGAUGACCACGACUACGGGUCCUGGGGAAACUACAACAACCCUCUGUAUGAUGACUCCUAACGAAGGAGCGUGGCCAGGGGGGAGGAAUAACUGCUCUUUAUUUAUACGCACUUACGGUAGAGUUUCUGGCGAGUCCCCGAUGGACACUGCAGACAAUCUUAAGCCCUGUUUUGUUGGUGUGGUUGUUCUGUUUCCUCUCUUUCCUCCAGCUGCUACAACCUUCCCUUUUGGCACAAAAAGAAAAGAACCGUUCUUUAAAGGUGAGUGGAGGCUGAUUUUUGGCUGAAAUGGGCCAACCUCACUCUGGCCAUGGCUGACCACUGUGGUGGAGACUGCUGCCCCCUCCACCCCCUGCUGCAGGACCCAGAUGGAGAAGGCCACCAAGAAGAACAAUUGG